UCUCGCACCGCCGGGGCGCAGCUCGCCGCCGGCUGUCCGGGCGCCCAGGGAGGCAUUCCAGCAGCUGCCUAUCUCUUACUCCUACGAGUCUCUGCGAGGACAAGUGAUGUCAACAGCUACUUUAAUUAAUUUGGUACGAAACGGAGGCUAUCAAGUAAGCAGGAGAGCCGUGCUGACCUCCCGCCUCCUGCAAGAGGAGAAGAGGCCGGCGGCCGCCGGCUACAGCUCCACCUCCGAGCGCCGCCCUUCCCGCUUCGACUCGGACGGCAGCGGGCAGCAUACCACAUGGGACACCUUCGGCAUCUGGGACAAUCGCAUCGAUGAGCCUAUUCUCCUCCCGCCCAGCAUCAAGUACGGGAAGCCGAUUCCAAAAGUCAGCCUGGCCAAGGUGGGCUGCGCCAGCAUCAUCGGGAAGCGCAAGGAGAACGAGGACCGGUUCGACUACGCUCAGCUGACCGAGGACAUCCUCUACUUCGCGGUGUACGACGGGCACGGCGGCGCGGCGGCGGCGGACUUCUGUGACAAGUAUAUGGAAAAAUACAUUAAGGAAUUUCUUGCUGAGGAGGAGAACUUGGAAAAUGUUUUGAACAAAGCUUUCCUAGAAAUAAACAGAGCCUAUGAAAGGCAUGCUCACCUGUCUGCUGAUGCAACUCUGCUGAGCUCUGGGACCACUGCGACAGUGGCUCUGCUGCGGGACGGAAUUGAGCUGGUCGUGGCAAGUGUGGGAGACAGUCGUGCUCUGCUGUGUCGAAAGGGAAAGGCCAUGAAGCUCACCACUGACCACACUCCAGAGAGAAAGGAGGAGAAGGACAGGAUCAGGAGGUGUGGUGGCUUCGUUGCCUGGAACAGCGUGGGACAGCCUCACGUGAACGGUAGACUUGCAAUGACACGGAGCAUAGGAGAUCUGGAGCUCAAAAACUGUGGUGUGAUAGCCCAGCCAGAAACAAAGAGGGUGCAGCUGCACCACGCAGAUGACAGCUUUCUGGUCCUCACCACAGAUGGUAUUAACCUCAUGGUGAACAGCCAGGAGAUCUGUGACUUCAUCAAGCAGUGCCAUGAUCCUGCUGAAGCUGCCCACAUUGUUACUGAGCAGGCAAUGCAGUUUGGCACCGAGGACAACAGCACCAUUGUCAUCGUGCCCUUCGGAGCCUGGGGCAAGUACAAGAACAACGAGAUCAGCUUCUCCUUCAGCCGCAGCUUUGCUUCCAGUGGGAGGUGGGCCUGAAGACCUGCCCAAGCUCUCUCUCCUGCCACCACCUGGACACAGCAUGCUCCAGUUCCUCGGCUGACUCAGUGUCUCGUCCAUCUCUUCUGUUCCCGGUGUUGUGGGAGGUGCCACUGCCCCCUCGUUGUGCUUAUGGCUGAUCGCGUUCUGCUGUGUGUGUUUAUUCCAGCUGGCCUUGAGGCAGCUGUUUCCUUGAGUCUGUAGUCCCAGCAGCUCUGCACAUCACUUGGGUCACAUAGGUGAGGCUCUGGGGUUCCACCCGUGGCUGGAGGUGUUGCACAAUUGUUUCAUACCUCCUGGUAUUACCCAGGACCCUUAGUAGCCUGGCAGCUGUGUAAGUCUGAGCCUGAGCCGCACGCUGGCUUCCCUGUGCGCCGACAGCUGGGGGAGCAAACGCACACAAUGCUUGAGUAGACAGAGGAUUUGUUGUCUUCCUCUGCUGUGCAAGCACCCAAAGCUUCCCUGUGCUUCAGGAGAAGAGGGUGAGAAAGGAGGGAAGUGUUUCAGAGGUGUUUAUGUUCUGACGCCAGUGGCGUUUGGUGUAGCUAAACAAUUUCUGAGCCAGUGCUGCUUUCGCAGGGCUUUGUGCCCUCCCUGCCAUCAUCUGUGAUGACCUAGCUCCAAGGA